CAUUCCACUCAUCUCAACAAUAUGGCUCCCUUGACCUUCCUAGCUUCCCUCAGCCUGGCUCUAAGCCUCCUGAUCGCCUCCUCCCACGCCGCCACCGUCGACGUCACCAACCGCUGCAGCUACCCCGUGUGGGCGGCGGCGGCGUGGCCGUCGUCCCCGCCCCUGGGGCGGCGCCUGGACAACGGGCAGUCGUGGCAGGUGAACGUCCCGCCAGGAACCGUCCAGGCCCGCGUGUGGGGGCGCACGAACUGCAAUGGGGGGCGGUGCGAGACGGGCGACUGCAACAACGGCGCCAUCGAGUGCACCGGGUACGGGCAGGCCCCCAACACGCUGGCCGAGUUCGCCCUCAACCAGCCCAACAACCUCGACUUCGUCGACAUCUCGCUCGUCGACGGCUUCAACAUCCCCAUGGAGUUCAGCCCCGUGAACGCCGGCGCCUGCAGGAACCUGCGCUGCACCGCCAACAUCAACGGUGAGUGCCCGGCCGAGCUCAGGGCCCCGGGCGGGUGUAACAACCCUUGCACCGUGUAUAAUCAGAACCAGUACUGCUGUACGGAUGGGCCCGGGAGCUGCGGACCCACGCCGUUGUCCAGGUUUUUUAAGGAGAGGUGCCCGGAUGCGUAUAGCUACCCGCAGGAUGAUCCCACUAGUCUCUUCACCUGCCCGGCUGGCACUAACUAUAAGGUUAUCUUCUGCCCCUGAAUUAAUUAAUUAAUAUGAAUAAUAGUAAUAAUCAUAAUAAUUGUUCAGGGUGGUUUCAUUAGCUCUGAUACGAAAUUCUAUGUGUCACAGACCUUGUACUUGUUCCAGAUUGAAAUAAUAAAGUUUUUAUCUAUGGUUUUAUUUA